AUGGAAGAUUUCGCAACACAAAACAUGCUUGCAUAUAUUAAACCUACGGAAAUUAAAAAUAACAUAAAAGCACUGCAACAUAGGAAGUCACCUGGUGCGGACCUAAUUACUAAUCAAAUGCUCAAAAAACUUCCCAAUAAAGCAAUAACCUUUCUAACAAAUCUGUUCAAUGGCCUACUCAAUAUUGGUUACUUUCCGCUAAGCUGGAAAAAGGCAAUAAUAAUUGUAUUAAAUAAACCGGGUAAAGACAAGUCAAACCCAGAAAACUAUAGACCGAUAUGCUUAUUGACGGCUUUCUCCAAACUUUUCGAAAAAUGUAUACAAAGUCGUCUUUUAGAUUAUCUUAACUCAAUCGAAGCGAUACCAAAGUUCCAAUUUGGGUUCAAAUCACACCAUUCUACAACUCAGCAACAACUACGUCUCACUGAAACAAUUAAUAACGGUUUUGAAAAUAAAAAUCACACAGGUGCAGUUUUUUUGGACAUCGCUAAAGCGUUCGAUCGUGUUUGGCAUGAUGGCCUUUUCUAUAAAUUAAAAUGCGUAAACAUGCCAAGAUAUAUUCUGCACACAUUAAAAUCAUUUCUCAGCGACAGACGCUUUGCUGUCAGAAUAAAUGAAGCGCAAUCAUCUUGCAGACCUAUUCAAACUGGUGUUCUUCAGGGAUCCAAACUAGGACAUGAUUUUUACAUCUCAGAUAUUCCACUAACUAGGGACACAAACAUCGCCCUAUUUGCUGACGAUACCACCAUCUACUGCAAUUCUUCAGAUACUCAGAUAAUUACCACCGCACUCCAAAAACAUCUCAAUAAAAUCUCACCAUGGUGCCAAAAAUGGAAAAUUAUUAUAAACCCUUCAAAAAGCCAAGCGGUAUUUUUUUCUCUACGCAGAACACAAACACCUCAACCAGUUAAAUUCGACAACGAGUCAAUUGACUGGAAACCGUCGGUAAAAUACUUAGGCGUUAUCCUCGAUAAGAAAUUAAACUGGAGGCCUCACAUAUCGGCUAAACUCCAGCAAGCAUACCAACGUCUAGGGGUUCUCUUUCCAAUAAUAAAUAGAAAAUCAACUAUUAGUAAAAAAUGCUCACUUAUUAUAUAUAAGCAAGUACUGAGACCAUUAAUAUUAUACGCAUGUCCUAUAUGGGGCAGUUGUGCUAAUAGUCACCUAAAUAAAAUUCAAAUUUAUCAAAAUAAAAUACUCCGCAUAAUAACUGACGCUCCCUGGUUCGUACGCAACAAAGCCAUACAUAAGGACUUGAAUAUCCCUACUAUUAACGAGCACAUAAACCAUUUAUCAAACAUAUUCUUCCAUUCUCUUAAGUACUCAAAUGGUUAA